UGCCACGAAGCCGGUGUAUAUAUAUUAGACGCCGCAAUUACGUUUGGCUCCCGGCAUUGUGACAGGAGUGUGUUGUUGUUUUCUAUAUGCAAGACACACGCUUAACACAAAAAAAGUUUGCAAAAAAAUAAAAUUUCUCUGAAAUGUUCAAAAAGUUUGAAGAAAAAGAAAGUCUGUCGUCGGUGCAGCAACUGAAGUCAUCUGUUCAAAAGGGUAUACGAGCCAAGUUACUGGAAACUUAUCCACAUUUGGAGACACAUAUUGAUCUGAUCUUGCCCAAAAAAGACAGCUACCGCAUCGCGAAAUGCCAUGAUCAUAUCGAAAUUCUAUUAAAUGGUGCAGGUGAACAAAUCUUCUUCAGGCAUCGUGAAGGUCAAUGGAUGCCGACCCUCAAGUUAUUGCACAAAUUUCCCUAUUUUGUUAAUAUGCAACAAGUUGAUAAAGGUGCCAUCCGUUUUGUCCUCAGUGGUGCAAAUAUAAUGUGUCCGGGACUAACAUCACCCGGUGCAAUGAUGACGCCAGCAGAAAAGAACACUGUCGUUGCCAUAAUGGCUGAGGGCAAGGAACAUGCUUUGGCAAUUGGUAUAACAACUUUGUCUACCGACGAUAUAGCCAAAGUCAACAAAGGUGUUGGUGUGGAAAAUUGUCACUACCUCAAUGAUGGUCUGUGGAAAAUGAAGCCCAUUAAGUAAAUGAAGACUUAAAUCCAAAAUAGUAAUCACGUUUUUUACUUUGUAAAAUAAAAUGAAAAUUAGACACGA